AAUGGCGCUGCCCAUGUCAAUGAGGAGUGUUCGAUUUGUUGAUAGGUGAUAUGUGGUAAACGUCGCUGAACAACCAUGGUUCGGGUGUUCGAUUGUCAUAGUUUCAAGUCAAAGAAAGUUAUUCCCAUCCAAGAUGAACCACUGGCAAUAUGUGCAGACGAGAAGCACGUUUUUGUGGCGACGAGACGAUGCACUGUUGUUGUUUUCGCAAUAACGGAGGACGGCUGUCGGGAGACGAGGCGUUUUGAGACCGUGUCCCUGGUUGAACAACUACUCUACAACCCUGCCAAAAACUAUUUAAUAACAGUCGAGUUCAAGAAAUCAUGGAAAAAUUUAACCAAAUAUAUCCGUGUCUAUCUAAACUGGGAUUGUGACAUUCCUCAAGGUUCUAAAAUCAAGACUAAAGUACGCAUCGCUGGCAAAUCCCAUUCCUCUCUCAUAUCUUCCACUCAGAACUAUCUGGAUGUCGUGGAAAUUCCUGUAGAUCGGAAAAUUGCUGACAUAUCAGUGUGUUCCCAAACAGGGAACUUUGCUGUGGCAAUCGAUCGCGAGGUCAAGGUCUUCCACUUAGUAGACAAGACUGUGCCAAGCUCGGGGAAGACGUAUCGAGAUGUGGAGAUCUUUCUGGAGCUUUGCUGGAACUUUAGGCUGGUGACGCUGUCACUGUGCGAGGAUUAUGUGGUGUGUUCCUCCCAGAACGAGUUCCAGGCUGUGAGGUUGGAGUACACGGAUUCCGAUUCCGAGUCGUCUCGUCUUAACCAAAUAAAAUCAGAGAGGAAAAGGUCAGAGGACAAAGAUGGUCAAGGUCAUGUGUAUCGCACAACGCCCCCAUCCCCAGGGUCCUCGUACCGAACCAACAGUCACCUCUCCUCAUUGGCUGACGUAGAUGAGAUAUUUGAAAGCGACCCACCAGACAUCGAUCAGAUUGAAUACUCCAUGAUUGGCCAGAACCGAUCAACGAAUCCCAGCCCCUACGUCCACAGCACGUCCGACUUGUCCAGUAGCUAUUCCUCCUCCACCAGGAUCUCAGAUGAUGACUAUUUCCAGGCGUGGAGGUUUGAGGGGGAAGACUCCGAGACAGGGGAGAUAACUAUUCAUCUGCCGGGCCUCCAGGGAACGUCCAGGUCACUUGGCCACAAAUCAUCCCCACCUGUGCUGCAGGACCUUAGAGGAGGCCCGUUCAAGUCGUCCGGUGGGGUGAGGGCCGUCACGCUGCUACACUUCUCGGACGCCGGCAUGCGGGAGGACUGGCAGCAAGUGACCAUUGUUCCUGCAUAUCUCCCGGGUAUAUCCAGGAAGGUGGAGUCAGGGAGUACCUCUACACCGGUAAUGUCGCCUCGAUAUCGCAACAUGGCAUCCAUGAGCUGCUUCGUCAGCGGGGGACGGGGAGGGUGCCUGUACUCUCUCUACCCUCGGGUAAAACUCGUCACAUGCUACAGAUAUACAACAAGUGCUGUCAAGAUCAUCCCCUGCAGUGGGCUGCUGCAUGUGGCCACCACCACGGGCGUGGAGACGUACACCGCCCGCGACAGCACCGUCGCCAUCCACCAGUCGGAGGAGUACGACUUCACCACGAAGGCAUCUCCUCCGACUGACCUGGAUGUCUGCUUGAUCGGGAUCCAGCCCUUCAUCGGUACCCGCGAUCUCACCAUGACUAACGAUCACCUGAUUCUUCUGACUAAAGUAGAGGACCCUCACAGCGAGGACAUGAUGUGGAGCCUGUACGCCCUGCAGAUGUGUCCUGCCGCGGAGCUGUACCGAGAUAUGGUGAGUUUCGGCUGCAAGGUGAUGGAGACGGGCCCGUCCAGCUACCUCCACAUGCUCCAGGAGGCCCACCUCCAUGUGAAGAGGGAGAUGAUGUUCACCGGCAGCCCUGAUGCUCUGGUGGAGGAGGACUUCCUCGAGUCCGCUGCGCUGCUGGGAGAGUUCUACUCCCUGCCUAACGAGGAAGACUGGCGUUUGUGUUUGCCGUAUUACGUCAUGUCUAACUUAAGCCUGGACGACAUCAUCAGACAAGCUGUCCAACACAAGCUACACAAGAAAAAGGGUUCCCACUUCACGUACGGCAGGGGCCUCCUGUACUACCUCAACUACAUCCUGUUCCUGGACGACGACCCCGUGGACAUCAAGGAGAGCUGUGGGGACGAGGUGCUACACAUCUACCAUGAGACAGAGCCGGAGCGACUCUCACACAUCCUGCUCAUCUCCCGUCUUCAAACAUUCAGUCCAGAAACUGCGAUGGAUUUAUUGAAGAAAUGGAUGGAGCACAACAGACAACGAGAAGAGAAUGCAAGUGACUUUGACCUCCUGGCCGUUGUGAAACUGAACCUGAGUCUGGUGGACCCGGAGACGGCCAGUACCGCUCUCCUGGCAAUCCCGGAGCGAAGCUUGAUUCUCAUAUGUGGGGUACACCCAAGCCUGGUUCACAAGGACUUUACAGAGUUCACUCCCCUUGCUCAGCUGAUGCGACAACAUCGCCCAAGCACAUUCCUUCACCUGCUGGUUGAGUUGUUUGACAGAGGUGUUUUGACACUGGACUCCAGCCUUAAACUGCUACAGAAUGACGAAGGCAAGGAUAUGUCCACCAACACCCACAUCAGGGAAUACCUGGAGAUCCUCGUUACAGAUUGGAAGAGAAAGUACAUAUUUGAAGAUGCUGUGAGCAUGCUGAGUGAGAUGUACAUCAAGCGUACCAUCAGCAAGAUACUACCCUCCUCACGACAACUUCUCCUUCCUCACCAGUUCAGGAUGCCUAGCGGAGGUCACUUCACUGGGAGGUUCUCGUGGCUUGACUACCUUCCUCCGUUCAGUGGACCUAAGUCUAUCAGUCGGCCUUGUCAGCACAUCACCAUCCCCAGUGGCAGUGGCGGCAUGCAGCGUUCAACGUCAGUGUCCAUCCCGGUCAAGGUGGUGAACAAGGCCGACUCCUUGGACGAUAAAUGCCCCUGUUGUUUCUGCAACGAGGAUUUACUCAAAUUACAGUCGCUCCUAUGUAGCGAGGAACUGACGGAGGAUCUGUGUCGAAGUGUCACACACCAGAUCCAGAACGAGGCUGACCUUACUGGCUGGGAUUCAAUAUGGCUGCUGUGUGUCCGUCUGCUCGACUGGAAGCAGGCGACAGAGUUCCUCAUUGACCGAUACCCUGGAGUGGUGCCCAAGUUCAUGGUCUGCACGUAUGGCCUGGACCAAGAGAAGUGGCAGUAUGGGAUGCGGUGUUUGGAAGCGGUGAUGAAGGAGCUGCCUUCGUCGACAUCGGGAGAGGAGGUGUACAUCCAAGCAUACAGAGGCAUCCUGAAGGAUUUAUCAGAGUUACUUCCCCCUGAAGACUUCCUCAGCCUGUUGCCAGCAGAUGGCAGUUUUACAUUCAUGUUGCCGUACAUCACACAGUGCUUCCGGCACCAGCGGGCCAAGGCACUCAAGAAUAACAUCAUUGACAAGGGACGUCAAAUGGUCACACGUCACUGACCAACGCUUGACACCAAGACUUGACCAGCUUGUACCUUAGAUUUUGGAACCUGAGAAUACUGAAAUGUGUAGAUUGUACUGACAUAUUCCAUGGAAUAUUUCCAACAUUCCUGAAGAUCUGGGGUAGAAUAGGUCUUAAGGAACCCAUGCUUGUCUCCCGGUGAAGAUCCAGGGUAGAAUAGGUCUUCAGCAACCCAUGCUUGCCGUAAAAGGCAACUAUGCUUGUCGUAAGAGGCAACUAAUGGGAUCGGGUGGUCAGACUCGCUGACUUGGUUGAUGCAUGUCAUCAUAUACCAAAAGCAUGGAUCGAUACUCUUGAUGCCAAUCACUGAACUGUCUGGUCCAGACUCAAUUAUUUACAGAUGCCGUCAUAUAGCUGGGAUAUUGCUGAGUGCGGCGUCAAACAACAAACAAACAAGUAAAACUCCAACAUUCCAAGAUAUUGC